AUGUAUUCGUCAAACUCGUCAAGUUUUACGGUCGCUGAGUCCGGGAGUCAUCAAGUUCAGAAGCGGUUGACUUUGACUUUUCGCAGGAUCAAUGUUCGUGUCACGGCACCAGAUGCGGCGCUGGGAGAUACGCUCUUGUCUGUGGCUGAUCCACGGCAGUUCAUAAAAGGCUUCUACAAAAGUCAACAGCCAAAGAGGACCAUAUUGAAAGACGUUAGCGGGCAAGUUAGGCCUGGUGAGAUGCUACUCGUUCUGGGAAGACCUGGCUCAGGAUGUACCUCCCUCCUGAGAGUCCUCUCCAAUGACCGCGACUCAUUCGACGAAAUCGACGGAGAAACAAGAUAUGGAAGCAUGGACCACCGUGAAGCCAAGCGGUACCGACAACAAAUCAUGUUCAACAAUGAGGAUGACGUGCAUUUUCCGACAUUGACCGUCAAUCAUACUUUGAAGUUCGCACUGCGAACAAAAGUCCCAAGAGAACGCCCGGAGUAUGCGGAGAAGAAAGAGUAUGUUCAGGAUAAACGAGACAGUAUUCUUAACGCCCUCGGUAUACCUCAUACAAAAAAGACAAAAGUUGGAAAUGAGUUUAUUCGUGGUGUGUCUGGAGGUGAACGGAAGCGUGUGUCUUUGGCGGAGGUUAUGGCUGGACAGAGUCCAAUCCAAUUCUGGGACAACCCUACUCGAGGAUUAGAUUCCAGAACUGCCGUCGAGUUCUCCCAGUUACUACGCCAAGAAGCCAACGACUUUGGCAAGACUAUUGUGACAACAACUUAUCAAGCGGGAAAUGAUAUAUACGAUCAAUUCGAUAAAGUCCUCGUCCUGGCAGAGGGACGCGUGAUUUACUAUGGACCUCGGUCAUUGGGUCGUUCAUACUUCGAGAACAUGGGAUUUGUGUGCCCUAAAGGAGCAAACAUUGCGGAUUUUUUGACAUCGGUGACCGUGCAUACUGAACGGGUGAUCUGUGAUGAAAUGAGGGGAAGAGUGCCUAGUACCCCUGACGAGUUCGAGGCUGCUUACCACGCGAGUAAGAUAUAUACGGAUAUGAUGGAGAAUAUUGAGUCGCCGGAGAAGCUGCAAAAUGAGAAGGAUGAUUUGAUCAUAGCUGUGAAUAAUGAGAAGAAGAAGAAUCAUAUUCUUCGUACUCACAGCCCUUACACUACCAAACUCACAGAUCAGAUCAUCUCUUGCAGUAUCCGUCAAUUCCAAAUCAUGAUGGGAGACAAAUUAUCUCUAUCCAUCAAAGUUGGCUCUGCAAUUAUUCAGGCAUUGGUAUGCGGCAGUCUAUUCUAUAAUCUCCAACCUGAUAGCACGUCUAUCUUUCUGCGACCAGGAGUUCUUUUCUUUCCAGUGCUUUACUUUCUACUCGAAUCCAUGGGUGAAACAACUGCUGCUUUCAUGGGUCGACCAAUUCUGGCGCGGCAGAAGCGAUUUGGAUUCUAUCGUCCAACUGCCUUCUGCAUCGCUAACGCCAUAACAGAUAUCCCUGUCGUUCUGAUCCAGGUUACUUGCUUUUCAUUGAUUUUGUACUUCAUGGCCAACUUACAGUUGGAUGCCGGGAAGUUUUUCACAUUUUGGAUUAUUGUCAACGUCAACACCCUCUGUUCAAUGCAAAUGUUUCGGGCUAUCGGUGCUUUGAGCAGAAAGUUCGGAAACGCGUCCAAGAUUACUGGAUUACUGUCUACGGUAUUUUUCGUGUACGGAGGCUACUUGAUUCCUUUUGAGAGAAUGCACGUUUGGUUCCGCUGGAUUUUCUACCUCAAUCCUGGAGCAUAUGCCUUUGAGGCUCUCAUGGCGAAUGAGUUCAGAGGUUUAGAGCUGGAAUGUGUUGCACCGGACUAUCUCCCUUACGGAAGCGGAUAUUCGGAUACUAUCUCACCUAAUCGUGGUUGCUCAGUUGUUGGCAGUAGUAAUGGCAUUAUUGAUGGAGAAGCUUAUAUUGGCAGGCAAUUCCACUACUCCUACCACCAUAUCUGGCGCAGCUUUGGAGUCAUUGUCGCCAUGUGGUUUUUCUUCAUCUUCCUUACCUCUCUCGGAUUUGAGUUACGUAACAGCCAGUCCGGUUCUUCAGUGCUUCUCUACAAACGAGGUAGCGAAAAGAAGCAGCAUUCGGACGAAGAAAAAGGUAUCAGCUCAUCAAUGGGCACUGACUUGGCCCUCAAUGGAUCUGUCAAGCAGUCCACUUUUACCUGGAAUCAUCUUGACUACCAUGUUCCGUUUCAGGGAGAUAAAAAACAAUUGCUACACCAAGUUUUUGGCUACGUCAAACCGGGAAAUCUUGUAGCAUUGAUGGGAUCUUCUGGUGCAGGAAAAACAACUCUACUGGAUGUUCUAGCUCAGCGCAAAGAUAGCGGAGAGAUCUACGGCUCUAUCUUGAUUGAUGGAAAACCACAAGGGAUUAGCUUUCAACGGACUACCGGUUACUGCGAGCAGAUGGAUGUCCACGAAGGCACUGCUACUGUGCGAGAGGCCCUUGAGUUCUCUGCACUCUUGCGUCAGCCAUCUCAUGUUCCGCGGAAGGAGAAGAUCGAGUACGUCGAUCAGAUCAUUGAGCUGUUGGAAUUAUCAGAUAUUCAAGAUGCAUUGAUAGGAGUGCCUGGUGCCGGUCUGAGUAUUGAGCAGCGAAAAAGAGUCACAUUGGGAGUCGAACUUGUCGCAAAACCUACUCUUCUAUUCCUUGACGAGCCAACCUCGGGUCUUGAUGGUCAAUCAGCAUAUAACAUCAUUCGAUUCUUGAGAAAGUUAGUUGAUGGUGGACAAGCGGUUCUGUGCACGAUCCACCAACCAUCGGCUGUGUUAUUCGACGCUUUUGACUCCCUUUUGUUGCUUGCAAAGGGAGGUAGAAUGGCUUAUUUCGGACAAACUGGCCAGGAUUCUUCCAUAGUGUUAGACUACUUCUCCAAGAACGGCGCGCCAUGUCCUCCAGAUACAAACCCAGCUGAGCAUAUCGUCGAGGUUAUCCAAGGUAAGAGUCAGCAGAGAGAUGUAGAUUGGGUCGAUGUAUGGAACAAGAGUGAGGAACGUCAAAUCGCCAUUGAGCAACUCGAAACUCUCAACAGGGUAAACAGCGCAAAGCUACAAACAGAGGAAGAUGAAUCCGACUACGCAACUUCACGUUGGUUUCAGUUCUGUAUGGUGACGAAACGUUUGAUGGUUCAACUUUGGCGGUCACCGGACUACAUGUGGAAUAAGAUAAUUCUCCAUAUAUUUGCAGCUCUUUUUAGUGGAUUCACGUUUUGGAACAUGGGAAACAGCAGCUUCGAUCUGCAACUCCGUCUUUUUGCCAUUUUUAAUUUCAUCUUCGUUGCGCCCGGCUGUAUCAAUCAAAUGCAGCCAUUCUUCUUGCACAAUCGUGAUAUUUUUGAAACACGAGAGAAGAAGUCCAAAACAUACCAUUGGAUCGCCUUCAUUGGGGCCCAGGUAGUUUCCGAAAUCCCUUACUUGAUCCUAUGCGCUACUCUGUACUUCUUAUGCUGGUACUAUACCGCGGGUUUUCCCAAUGUGUCUAGCAUUGCUGGCCAUGUUUACUUGCAAAUGAUUUUCUACGAAUUUCUUUACACAUCACUUGGUCAAGGAAUCGCAGCAUACGCCCCUAACGAGUACUUUGCUGCAAUUUUGAACCCUGUCAUUCUCGGCGCAGGAAUGGUUAGUUUCUGCGGUGUCGUGGUGCCUUACUCUCAAAUGCAACCAUUCUGGCGUUACUGGAUCUACUACCUGGACCCGUUUAAAUAUCUCGUGGGUGGUCUUCUUGGUGAAGUCCUUUGGGAUGUGAAAGUCGAAUGCACAGCGUCCGAGUUGGUGCACUUUGCCGCCCCUGCAAACCAGACCUGCGGAGUGUAUAUGGCAGACUUUCUGUCAUCUGCUGCAGGGUAUAUCGUGGAUGCAAAUUCAACAGAUAUAUGUUCGUUCUGCCAAUUCUCAACGGGAGCAGAUUACGCUAAAACCUUCAACCUUGGAGAAAAAUACUAUGCUUGGAGAGAUACUGGUAUCACUGCACUGUUCUGCAUCUCGUGUUAUGCUACCGUAUUUCUCAUGAUGAAGUUGCGCAGCAAGAAAACCAAGAGUGCAAGGUCGGAGUAA